ACUUUAUAAACUACGCAGAGAGGCAGUUUGUUUCUCUCUCACUUCACUCUCACCAACUGCUCUUCGCGAAACCGCCCCUCACGCAUCUCCUAUCUCCUCCCCGCAACACAAUCCUGUCCCGCUUCACCGGAAAUGGGCGAAAUCAAGCAGCUCGGCGCCGCCAACGGCGGCAGAUUCGACAUGAAAAUCGGCGCCGCCACCGUCCUUGACGGCGUCCACCUCGGAGACAGCAUCGACGUCAACGACACCUGCCUCACCGUCAAGAAAUUCGACGAUUCUCAUUUCACCGUCGGUCUGGCGCCGGAGACGUUGCGGAAGACCUCGCUGGUGGAGCUCGAGCCGGGUUCGCUGGUCAAUCUGGAGCGGGCGGUGCUGCCGACGAGCCGGAUGGGCGGGCAUUUCUUCCAGGGACACGUGGACGGCACCGGCGAGAUAGUGUCGAUGGUGCCGGAGGAGGAUUCAUUGUGGAUCAAGGUGAAGACGACGAAGGAAAUACUCAAGUAUGUGGUGCCGAAAGGGUAUAUAGCUGUGGAUGGGACUAGUUUGACUGUGGUGGAUGUGUUUGAUGAUGAAGAGUGCUUCAAUUUCAUGCUGGUGGCUUAUACUCAGCAAAAGGUGGUGAUUCCUCAUGUCUAAUGGGACGAAUAUUG